UUGCUGCAGCCCGACCCGAACAAGGCCGCCCACUACAUCAAGGCCCUCGACGAUGCGAGAUGCGACGGCAAUUGGAGCGCCGUUCCUGAGUUUGUCCGCAAGGUCAGGAAGCAUGCGCCAGACCGAACCUGCCUAACUUUGACGGCCGAGACGGAGUGCGCAAUCGCAAAGGCCACCGACCCCUCGGGCGCUGGCAGACCGGCGACUGCUGUAUCGGCGAAAGACCUCGACGCUGCGAACGUAAUAACCAAGCUCCAAGGCGCCAUCGACGGAGAGACGAAGUUCCCAGAGGAAAAGUACCAGGCUCGGGUCUGUGCUGGUCUGCUGCAUUGGGUGGUGGGCGAGUUCGACCAGGCUGCUGCUAAGCUGCCUCAGGGCCUCGAGCAGGAGCUGGGCGACUCGACCGAGAAGCUGUCCGAAUGGACUCACAUCAGCGCCUUGAAAGCUGCCUUUAUCAAGGCCAACUGUCUGUCGCGGAACAAUGACAUUAUCGAGGCCCUCGUUGUGUUCGAUUCCGCAUUGCCCACCGUGUCCAUGCCUUCGGCGACCCGCAACGCUCACAAGCAGUUCAGGGUUUGGUCUGAGCUGUUUCUGACGGAGUACUGCGUGCUGCACAGCGAAGCUCUUCGCUCGAAUCAGAGGUCGCUGGAGGAUUCUAAUUCACUCGCCUGCUUCCGAACGUGGGCCAGAUACUGGGAGUCGUUGACGGGGCCCGUGACGGGAGGAUACGGGUAUAGGGGGUCUGUGCCAAGGCGACAGGUCUGGCUGGAGUACUACCUGGCACUCACGACCAUCCUCGAGUUGGACCUGCCGUUUCCUACAGGCUUCCUUGGCAAGAUCACGAACGAGAGCUCGGCGAGGAACCAGUUGAGAGUUGAGCUCAAGAAAACAGAAGCCGCGUACGAAGCGCUCCUCAUCAGCGAAACCGCCUUUCCGAAAGCACACGAGACGAGGGAGGAGGUCGAAGCGUUCGUCAGAGCCGUGGUGAAGAACUGGUCUAUUCUCUGUGGACGAGGUUGGAAAGAACAAGAUCUGGGCCAGGGUGGCCGAGAGAGUCUCAGCAGAGGCGUCCUCGACACUUUGUACGCCGCGGCGACAAAGACCUACCACUCUACCGCUGUUCUUCGCUGCCUCUUUACAGUCCACUUGGCCGUGGCGGAGUUUGAUCUUGCCUUCAAAGCGUUCGACUCCUACCUCGAUCUGGUUAGGCACGGCAAGGCUCGAGUUGAGAAGACCCAUCACAUCGAGGCAAACCUCGAUGAUGACGGUACCGUGCUGGAGACGAUGUCGCAAUGCAUUCUGGCGCUUUGCCGCUAUGGUGGAAGGGAGGCCAUCGAGAAGGCUCAUGAUAUUGGCAACGAGCUCGAAGAUUGGCUGUCAAGGCUGCCACAGCUGAAGAAUGGCAUCGGCAACGAGAACACGGUCCCCGAAGAAGGGGACGCGGCUAUCAUUCACCCCAAAAUCAAGCCCCAUCUCAUUGCGCUGUCUUGGCAAGCAAUUGGCCUCUCUCAGGCUCACUGGUCGCGAAUCACAUAUGACGCGGGGUCCAGGAAUGAAAUUCAAGCGAGGGCGAUCAAAUGUUUGAGGACUUCCUUGUCUCCAGAACUGGGCCGGACCAGAGAUGUGCGCAGCUUGUUUGCCCUUGGUCUUCUUCUGGCUGAGCGAAGAGACCUGACACAUGCGAUCGAUAUUGUCAAGACGGCAUUGAUCUCCAACAAGUCGGACGAGGACUAUGCUCUCUACCACGGCCCCUAUUGGCAGGAACGGUCACUCAUUCCUCUUUGGCAUCUGUUGGCAUUGCUUCUGAGCGCAAGGCAAGAGUACAGCAUGGCUGCUAAGGCCUGCGAGGGGGCAUUCGAGCAGUUCAGGGAUCCCUCCGUCCUGUUCGGUAGGCAAGACCUGCACUUCAAGAGCGAGCACCUGAACGACGCCGAGGCGCAAGACGAAAAGGUCGCCAAUGAGCGCAAGGGCGUUGUUGACGACAUGGACGAUACCGAGAGAGAAAGCAUUCUUGAGGUGAAGAUGACACAACUCGCGCUCGUUGAGCUCCUUGAGGGUCCGGAUGUCGCCGUCAACGCAAGCUCUGAAUUGCUUUCGCUGUUUAACAGGCUAUUCGGAAACCUCGAAACCAAGUCUACCAUGCAACCUCCGAAGACCAUGGACACAAUGAUGCCUCCGAAAAGCUCAGCUGGUACUCUGAGAAGUAUCAGAGGUAGCAUAUUUGGCUCCCAACGAGCGAGGCGGGCGAGUAUCGCGGAGACGGAGAGGACGGCCACCCAGUCUCGCCCACAAACUACACAAACCUCUGCAAGCAUGGCGCCGACCAUUCAGGUUACUCAGGAGAACGGGUCGCCCGUAGAGAAGCGAUCACGGAGACUCUCCAGUGUGACGCGCCGAGGAAGAAGCGAAUCCGGGAAGAGGCACAGCCUUCGGAAGCGAGACAGCAGCGGCACUCGUAAGAGAGCAGCGAGUGUUAGUAGCGCUAGCACAAACCCCACAAACCCUCACGGGCCGACUGUCUUGGACGGUGAGGUUUACUUCACCCCAGGGGACGAGUUGCAACAAAACGAAUUCCCGCUCGGCAUUCGCCAGGCCUCAGCAGCAUCAUCGGUCUCUCGAGGUCGGUCACUCCACCACUUGGAGUCCUACACCUCUCAGAUGUCGAGAUCAACCAACUUUUCAGAAAUCUCCGCCAGCGGUACCUACACAAUUUCAAAUCCUUUGCCAUUAAUACACUUCCCACAGGACCUCGAACGGAGACAGAGGGCCACUCUUCUCGUCAAGGUGUGGCUGAUGAUUGCGGGAUUCUACCGUCGGGCCAGCAUGUUCGAGGACGCCAAGGGGGCCAUCUCGGAGGCCCAGAAACUUGUCGGUAUGCUCGAGGCCGAAGUUGCCAAGGACCCGACCGGUUCCCUGUCGUUGAAGGGCGACGGCUGGGCAGAAAAGAAGGGAGUCGACGAACUCCUGGGUGACGUUUGGGCCGAGUUGGGAUGUCUGUCCUUGGCCAAGGGAGUGCCAUACACCGCCAGGUCAGACUUCGAAAUGGCCAUCACCCACUUCCCAGACCACUCUGUGGCCAUCGUGGGCCUGUCCAACAUUCUUCUCGACAUCUACACCGAGAAUGUCCUACCGCCCCCGGCCAUCCCCGCCCUCAGCGUACCAGAGAACAUCUCAAGCCUCUCGCUCCCGACUCCCCAUCUGCCCAAGAUCUCGGUUCCUCAGCACGGCCUCCCGUCGGAGCCCCUCGGACUGGGCUCCGGCGCGUCGGGCUCCGGCUUCAGCAAGACCAGCGCGCAACACUCAGCAACCACCGCAUCGUCCAUCAGGUCAUCGGACAAGGCCGAGUCCGACGAGAAGCUGCCGGCCCCGUACAAGGCGACCUCGGUGCCCAUCAUCGACCGCCUCGCCUCGCGCGACCGCGCCUACGGACUCUUGACGUCCCUGACGAAGCUGGGCACCGCUUGGAACGACGCCGAGGCCUGGUUCGCCCUCGCCCGCGCCCACGAGGAGAGCGGACAGGUCGACAAGGCCAAGGAGGUCCUCUGGUGGUGCGUCGAGCUGGAGGAGCACACCGGCGUGCGUCAGUGGCAGUGCCUGGGAAGCGGCGGUUACGUGCUCUAA